GACAGAGCAAAGCCAGUCAGACCCACAGACAGACAGACAGAGACAAAUGGAAAGGAGCUUUCCUCUUUGCUGAGUUUGUACCAUUCAAUAGUUUGUUGGAGCUCCACUGGCAUGUUUUCAUUGAUGCGACCCUACGAGCAGCAAAGGCCUUUUCUGCUUUCACUCAUUCCAGCUGACAACUAAUACAGGAUGGACCAUGGAGACCGAGGGAUGGGCGUCUCUCACCUUCGCUAUGAGGAAGAGGAGGACCAUCAGUCCAUCUACAUUGGUGUCCCAGUGCCUCGAGGAUAUCGUCGCAAACGCAGGCGAAGGCGCUCCAGUCGGGAGGCUGCAGACAUGGACAGGGACAGACGCUAUAGCCAGAACAGACACCAUGGGCACAGCCGCUACCGGGACAUAGAGGAGGGACUUGAUUCAAACGAGCAGAGUCUCCAAGACAUCAACCGCACAAUGUCUCCAGCGGCAGAACGGCUACGUUACAUCCUGAAUGAAGAUGAUGACAUGCCCACGCCUACGCUCUUCACUGAGAUGGACACUCUACAGCGAGAAGGAGACGAGCUGGAGUGGAAGGAGUCUGCAAGGUGGGUGAAGUUCGAAGAGAAGGUGGAGGAGGGAGGAGAAAGGUGGAGUAAACCACACGUGUCCACGCUGUCCCUGCAUAGUCUUUUUGAGCUCAGGACUUGUCUCCAGACGGGAACAGUGCUACUGGACUUGGAAGGCUACUCACUGCCUCAGAUCAUUGAUGACAUCAUUGAGAGACAGAUAGAGGAAGGCAUGAUAUCUCCUGAGCUUAAAGAGAAGAUCAGUUUUGUCCUCCUGAGGAAACAUCGACACCAGACCAAGAAACCAAUCCACCGCUCACUAGCUGACAUUGGCAAGUCCAGCUCUUCUACCAAUCGUAAUGUAGGGUCCCGAGCUGGUCCUGGGUCAAUGGCCAACGUUAACCGCUCCACAGAGGACCUCCAUUUGAAACAGCAGUCUGCAAACUAUGGUCGUCUGCGUCACGCCCAGAGUAGGAGUAUGAAUGAUAUUGCAGAUACUCCCAGCACAGACCAGCUUAAAAAUAAAUUCAUGAAGAAAAUCCCCCGAGAUGCAGAGGCAUCCAACGUCUUGGUGGGUGAAGUGGAUUUCCUUAACAAACCCUUUGUAGCCUUUGUCCGCCUGGCCCAGGCUACAACACUAGGAGGUCUCACUGAGGUCCCUGUUCCCACCAGAUUCCUCUUCAUUCUCUUGGGACCCCAAGGAAAGGCCAAGUCGUAUAACGAGAUCGGCCGAGCCAUAGCAACCCUAAUGGUGGAUGAUCUCUUCAGUGAUGUAGCCUACAAGGCCAGAGAUCGUGAGGACCUCAUCGCAGGCAUAGAUGAGUUUUUGGAUGAGGUGAUUGUGCUGCCGCCUGGAGAAUGGGAUCCAAAAAUCCGCAUUGAGCCGCCCAAGAAAGUCACCUCAGCUGAUAAAAGGAAGUCAGUUUUUUCCUUAAACGAGCUGGGCCAGAUGAACGGGACUGCUGGAGGAGGAGGAGGCGUGGCUGAGGACGAGGAGAUGCCAGUGCAGCAUGAGCUUGGAGAGGAGCUGGCAUUCACUGGACGCUUCUGUGGUGGUCUGUACCUGGACAUAAAGCGAAAAUUACCAUGGCUGCCUAGUGAUAUCUAUGAGGGUUUCCAUAUUCAGUCCAUCUCCGCGGUGCUAUUCAUCUACUUGGGCUGCAUCACCAACGCCAUCACCUUCGGUGGUCUACUGGGGGACGCUACGGAUAACUACCAGGGUGUGAUGGAGAGUUUCCUGGGUACAGCUCUGGCUGGCUCAGUCUUCUGUCUCUUCAGUGGUCAGCCCCUCAUCAUCCUCAGCUCCACUGGACCCAUCCUCAUCUUCGAGAAGCUCCUGUUUGAAUUCAGCAAAAACAACGGCAUAGAUUACAUGGAGCUGCGUCUGUGGAUCGGCAUGCACUCCUGCCUGCAGUGUUUCCUCCUGGUAGCUACAGAUGCCAGUUACAUCAUUAAAUACAUGACACGCUUCACUGAGGAGGGCUUCUCCAGCCUCAUCUCCUUCAUCUUCAUCUCUGAUGCCAUCAAGAAGAUGGUGGGCUCCUUCAAGUAUUACCCCAUCAACACUGACUUUAAGCCCGAUUACGUCACCACUUACAAGUGCGAAUGCCUGGCUCCAAACCUGAUGACUGGAAUGAUCUUCAAUGAUUUAGUUCCAAUGCCAGAUAACAGCUCUAGUGUCUCUGGGUUAAAUGUCACAGGCCUGGACUGGAGCCAGCUGAGCAAAAAGGAGUGUCUGAAGUACGGAGGCUCUCUGGUGGGAAAGUCCUGCAAGUUUGUCCCUGAUCUGGCCCUCAUGUCCUUCAUCCUUUUCUUCGGUACCUAUUCCAUGACCGUAACCCUCAAGAAGUUCAAGUUCAGCCGCUACUUCCCCACUAAGUUGAGGAAACUCAUCAGUGACUUCUCUAUCUUCAUGUCCAUCAUGACGUUUGUGGGGCUUGAUAUGUUGAUGGGACUCAAAACUCCCAAAUUAAUCGUCCCCACAGAAUUUAAGCCAACUCGGCCGGAUCGUGGCUGGCUGGUGAUGCCAUUUGGUAAGAACCCGUGGUGGAUUUACCUGGCCAGCGCUGUCCCUGCCCUCCUCGUCACUAUCCUCAUUUUCAUGGACCAGCAGAUCAGCGCCGUCAUUGUUAACCGCAAGGAGAACAAACUCAAGAAAGGCUGUGGCUACCACCUGGAUCUGUUCUGGGUGGGCGUCCUGAUGGCCGCCUGCUCCUUCAUGGGCCUGCCCUGGUACGUCGCGGCCACCGUCAUCUCCAUUGCCCACAUCGACUCUCUGAAGAUGGAGAGUGAGUCAAGCGCUCCCGGAGAGCAGCCUCAGUUCCUCGGGGUCAGAGAACAAAGAAUGACAGGCAUUUUGGUGUUUGCCCUCACCGGAGUCUCCAUCUUCCUCGCUCCAAUACUUAAGUUCAUCCCCAUGCCCGUGCUGUAUGGUGUCUUCCUCUACAUGGGCGUAGCUUCCCUCAGUGGAAUCCAGUUCUGGGACCGGAUUAAGUUGUACAUGAUGCCGUCCAAGCACCAGCCCGACUACGCCUACCUCCGUCAUGUUCCUCUGAGGAAGGUACACCUGUUCACACUGGUCCAGAUUGCAUGUCUGGCUGUGCUCUGGACCCUCAAAUCCACCUUCUUGGCCAUCAUCUUCCCCGUUAUGAUUUUGGGUCUGAUGGUCGUCCGAAAGAUGCUAGACAUGGUCUUCUCCCAGCACGACCUGGCCUGGAUGGACGACCUUCUUCCGGAGAAAGAGAAGAAGAAGGUCGACGAUAAAAAGAAGGGGAAGGAGAAGGAAAAAGACAAGGAGAGAGAGAAGGAGAAAGAGAAGAAGAAGCCCAAGCCAGACGACAGCGAUGAGGAGGACAAGUGGCGCUCCUACUCCAACCACUCCCCCAGCCUAGAUUCAGAUUUGGAUCGCAGCAUCACCCUCCACCUGAAGAUCUCGUGCCCAUCGUCUCCGGCCAUGCCUAUGGGCCGAGGAAUGGCCUGCCCUGUGCCCCAGGUCAAGAUCGAGAUGGAGUCGGACUACGACUCGGACAUCGACCACCACCACCCUCGGGACAUGAGCAGCGAGACCACGUUAUAAAGCUGAGACUCAACGUCUUGUUGACGGAACAAAACUCCAUGCAGCCAGUGCUGACCGGCGGAUAGUAUAAGGUGGCACAGACGGCUGUGAGCACGCUGACACCCUGACAGUCUGGCUGAAAUGGGACUGAUCCAAUCAAUGCAGUUGGGAAGGUUUCAGUUUUAACUUCAUCUGAUUUUUAUAUUGGGGCAGUCCUGACAAAUUCUGCAUCGAUGAAAUACAAAUGUAUACAAUGUUUACUUGUUUGA